AUGGGUGGUGCAGGUGCGUCUGACGUUGGGCUUUCCGACCCCGUCAUCUCUCGCCUCGCAAGAGAGGACCCGAUCCCAUGGUACAAGAAGCCCAACCUUCGGUUCCUCUACUUCAUGCUCUUCCCGACAUGUAUGGGCAUCGAGUUGACGUCGGGAUUCGAUUCCCAGAUGAUCAACGCCCUCCAGAUUUUGAAACCAUGGGACGACUAUUUCGGCCGUCCCCAAGGAGCCCUCAAGGGCAUUAUCAGCGCAGCAUACUCUCUUGGUGCCAUUUUGUCCCUUCCCCUGGUGCCCAUCGUCAACGAUAGGUUUGGCCGAAGAUGGUCCAUUGCUCUUGGUUCAAUGACCAUGGUUGUGGGCGCCAUCAUUCAGGGCUUCUCCCAACACGUCGCCAUGUACAUCAUCGCCCGUAUGAUUCUCGGCUUCGGAAUCCCCACUUGCAUCGUCUCCGGCUCGUCCCUUAUCGGCGAACUUGCCUACCCGAAGGAGCGUCCUAUCUUGACCUCGCUCUUUAACGUAUCAUAUUUCAUCGGCCAAAUUGUUGCUGCCGGCAUCGUCUUCGGAACCAACAGCAUUACGACCAACUGGGGCUGGAGAAUUCCAUCGCUUCUCCAAGUUUGCCCUUCGCUGCUUCAGCUUGGUUUCGUCUUUUUUAUCCCAGAAAGUCCCCGCUGGCUAAUCACCAAGGACCGCUCUCAAGAAGCUCACGAUAUCCUGAAGAAGUACCAUGGAGAGAUGGCCCGCGGUGAGGAGUUUGUUGCCGCCGAGUUCGCUCAGAUGCAAGCCGUUAUCCGUCUUGAAUAUGAGGUCGUGUCCAAGAGCUCGUGGAUGGAUCUCUUGAGGACCACCGGUAUGCGCAAGCGUCUUCUUAUCUCCUCGAUGCUCGGUCUUUUCACCCAGUGGUCCGGCAAUACCCUCAUCUCCUACUUCCUCAGCGAUCUCCUCAAGAUGAUUGGCUAUACGGAGUCGACAUUUAUCCAGAAGAUCAACGUUUCCAUCGCCUGCUGGAGUUUGGUCUGCGGUGUGACCGUCUCGCUCCUCGUCACCCGUAUCAGACGUCGUGUCAUGUACAUGGCCUGCACCAUCAGCUUGCUGCUGUGUUAUAUCGCGUGGACCAUCUCCAUGGAGCGAGCCAUGCUUGGCAAGGCGAUUGGGAAGCCCAACAACGCGGCCAACAUCGCUACCCUCGUCUUCAUUUACGUGUAUUCGCCUUGCUAUAACAUGGGUUAUAACGCCCUGACCUACACCUACAUGGUGGAAAUGUGGCCCUAUGCCGAGCGCUCUCGUGGUAUCGCCAUCUUCCAGCUGUUUGGUCGUCUGGCUAGUUUCUUCACAACCUUCGUCAACCCCAUCGGUCUCAAGGACGUUGGCUGGAAGUACCUCAUCUCGUAUUGCUGCUGGCUCGCAUUUGAGGUCGUCUUCGUGUACUUCAUGUUCCCCGAGACCAUGGGUCGCACGCUCGAAGAGCUUACCUUCAUGUUCGAGGGUAAGGAACUUCAGAACCAAGCCAAUGCGGCUGCCGAGAAGGUGGUCAACCACGACGAACACGACACCACUGGCCUGGGGAGGCGAAGCACCACCGAGAAACAUCAGGGCGGCUCAACUGACGUCAGGGAGCAUGUCCCUUGA